AAUGGACAAAGGCAGUCCGAACGGGCACGCCAAAAAACAGAUAUGACAAAAAAUCGGAUUCGUGCAUUAAGACCUGUAGUAUGAACGUAGCCUACUUAGCCCCAAGACGACUGAAAGGUGUCAGAUAUUUUUGGACAAGAAUCCGUUCAAUCUCGCUUCUGCUUCGAGUCGUUUGCGUGCACGUUGAAACUUCGAGGCCUGCUAAGGUUAGCCUAGCCUAGUUUAGCAGCUAACAAAGAGAAACAACGCGCCUGGGAUAAACACGUCGCCGAGCAAGCAAACGUCAAGUCCCAAAAUGUCAGAUGUCAGUCAAGCGCAUCGUCCUGAACGCCUGGAGUCUGCUCGCAUGGAGUUAGCUGAAGAGUCGCCAUUCAUCAAAAAGCUGGAGGAAGAAUAUGUCCACAUUAAAGAGGAGCAGGAGGAGUACUUCGUUAGACUGCAGAACCCCCACAUUAAGGAGCAGCAGCAACCUCAUCCCCUCAAAAAGGAGGAGGAGGACCCUCCAUAUGUUAAAGUGGAGGUGGUGGACAUCCCCAAGUGGACGAGUGAGCCCUUAAAGGAUGAAGAUGGAGGUCCAAGUGAGGCCAGCAGAGGGACGGAGCCUCCGAAUGGCAGCAGCAGCAGAUCAAAAGAAGGGUCCCAAGCAGACAACCUCAUCGCUCGACCAUCAGAGAGUGCCGACUUCACAUUACACUCGCUGUUCUGUUUCAGAAAAUAUCUUGGUGCUAAGCUAGAAUCUCCUGGCGUAAAAGAGGAUGUUGAGCUCCCCCAAAUCAAAGAGGAGCCAAAGCCCUGUCAACAAAAUCAACUUCCAAUCAAAAAGGACGAGGAGGAGUUGCCAUAUGGAAAGAAGGAGGAAGAGGAGGAGCAUACCACCAGGUUGACUGGUGAUCCCUUGAAGAGUGAAGAUGGUUUAAGUGAGGCCGGCAGAGGGGCGGAGCCUCCAAGGGGCAGCAGCACAACAGAAGGAUUGCAAGCAAACAUUUUCAUCGCUACAUCAGACACAAAUGCAACCACGUCACACUCACCUUACAUUGUUGUUGGUCAUAAGACAUCUCACGGUGACGACAAACUCUGCAAAUGCUCUCAGUGUGGGAAAACCUUUGCUAAUAAGUAUAAUUGUCAAAUGCAUAUGAGGAGCCACACUGGUGAAAAGCCUUUUUCCUGCUCGGUUUGUGGACAAGGUUUUGUUUUGGUGGGAAACCUAAAAAAACACACAAGAAUCCAUACUGGCGAAAAACCUUUUGCCUGCUCAAUUUGUGAGAAAAGAUUCAGGCACAACAGCAACUUGAUAUCCCACGCAAGAUCCCACACUGGCGAAAAACCUUUUUCCUGCUCAGUUUGUGGUCAAGGAUUCAGUCGUAAGAGUGCCUUAAAAGUACACACAAGAACCCACACUGGCGAAAAACUUUUUUCCUGCUCAGUUUGUCGUCAAGGAUUCAGUUGUAAGAGUGCCUUAAAACUACACACAAGAGCCCACACUGGCGAAAAACCUUAUUCCUGCUCAGUUUGUGGUCAAGGUUUCGCUCGAAAGGAAUACUUAAACAAACACACGAGAACCCACACUGGUGAAAAACCUUUUUCCUGCUCAGUUUGUGGUCAAGGUUUCGCUCGAAAGGAACACGUAAACGAACACACGAGAACCCACACUGGCGAAAAACCUUUUUCCUGCCCGGUUUGUGAUAAAAGAUUCAGUUAUAAGACCACCUUAAAAUUACACUCAAGAACCCACACUGGCGAAAAACCUUUUCCAUGCUCAGUGUGUGGUCAAAGAUUCGCUCAAAAGCGAUCCUUGAAAGAACACACAAGAACCCACACUGGCGAAAAACCUUUUUCCUGCUCAGUUUGUGGUCAAGGUUUUGCUCGAAAGGAACGCUUAAACGAACACACGAGAACCCACACUGGUGAAAAACCUUUUUCCUGCCCGGUUUGUGAUAAAAGAUUCAGUUAUAAGGCCACCUUAAAAUUACACUCAAGAACCCACACUGGUGAAAAACCUUUUCCAUGCUCAGUUUGUGGUCAAAGAUUCGCUCAAAAGCGAUCUUUGAAAGGACACACAAGAACCCACACUGGGGAAAAACCCUUUUUCUGCUCAGUUUGUGGUCAAAGAUUCAGUCAUAAGAGCAUCCUAAAACAACACAUAAGAACCCACACUGGCGAAAAACCUUUUUCCUGCUCAGUUUGUGGUCAAGGAUUCUCUCAAAAGCAACACUUAAAAAGUCACGAAAGAACCCACACUGGUGAAAAACCUUUUUCCUGCUCAGUUUGUGGUCAAAGAUUCAGUCACAAGAGCACUUUAAAACAACACACAAGAACACACACAGGUGAAAAACCUUUUUCCUGCUCAGUUUGUGGUCUAGGUUUUGCUGCAAAGAUAAAAUUACAAAAACACAUAAGAACCCACACUGGCGAAAAACCUUUAGGUUAGGUUCGGGUUGGGGGGUUACGUUUGUAUUCAUGGUACACUUUAUUUUUGUGAUUGUAUUUCUGUUUGGACUUUGCCAUUUUGUGUUUUACCUUUUCUGGCCAUCAACGUCUUUCCUUUGGUUCUCUCGCCGACAGGCAUCAUUUAUUUCAUAAUCUCCUAUUCAAACUGUACUUUUCACAUUUAAUAUUUGAAACUGCAGACCCCAAAUUCCAAAAAUUCAAAAUCAUUCACAGAUAUUGUCAUUAAAUAAAUAUGGAAAUUUAGAACACAUUGUUCAAUAUUGUAACAAAUGAGUUUUUUUGUGUGGGGGUUAAUGUAAAUAUAUAUAUAUUCAAUUACUAUUACGUACUACUCGUGAUUGACUGUAUGAGAGCCAAAUAAACAAAAAAAAAGGACUCUGACAGUAAAGUCAUGUUCUUACUACAAGAAUUGUUUUUGUUUUUUUUAUCCUUGGA